CACAGAUAGACAGACAGACAGAGAGACAGAGAGAGAGAAAGAGAGAGAGACAGAGAGACAGACAGAGAGAGACGGAGAGAGACGGAGAGAGAGAGACAGCGAGAGAGACAGAGAGAGACAGACAGACAGAGAGAGAGAGAGAGAGAGAGAGAGAGAGAGAGAGAGAGAGAGAGAGAGAGAGAGAGAGAGAAGCGAUCUCACAAAACGGUAUUACUCUCAGCUAGACGGAAAACAGUGAACAGAAGGGAGACAAAAGCAUUAGACAAAGCGAGAAAGAUGUGACUGAUUUAAAUAGCCACACUUAGACAGCAGUGAAAUUACACGGGGCUCAAAUAAACAAGGGAUAGAAAGAGAGAGGAAAUUUUAAUCCUCUUGGCAUGUGAGUGGAUCCCUGACUGUGUGUAUGUGUGUGCUGCAGUUUGUCGGUGCUGUUGGGACGCUUUGGACUGGAAUGUAUCUGAGUUAACCUCGGGGGGCUUUCGGGAAGACACAGCUCUCUCACCAUGCUGGGCAAAGAUUACAUGCUCGCCAUCAUCAUUGUCAACUAUGACGAUAACAUCUGGAAUGAUCAGAGUUUGGAGCUGGACUCAGAUUUGCCUCCAGGGUGGCGGACUAUACAUGACAGUACUGGCACCUAUUACUGGCACGUGCCCACAGGCACCACUCAGUGGCAGCACCCCUCCUACAGUGCAGAGGAGGAACAAAACACCAUUAACGACAUCACUGCCAGCCAGAUCAAGACUGCUGCAGAUGGCAGACGAGAAUCAAGAGGCAGACUGACUGAAAACCCGCUGCCCUCUCUGAGUGAAAGGGCCUCCUGGCAGGAAGAGUAUUUCUGUGCCAACAUGGACCCCGACUCCAAGUGUUUUGCUGUGCGCUCGCUGGGCUGGGUGGAGAUCCCAGAGGAGGAACUGACCCCUGGCAAGAGUAGUCUGGCGGUGAACAACUGCAUCCAGCAGCUCUCUCAGAGUAAAGCUGAGGUGCCAGGUGCAGUGGGCGCCUGGGGAGAGGGUCAGGAUAUGAUGAUGGUACUCAAGAAGGACACUCUCAGCUUAAUGGACCCUGUGGACCGCAGUCUCAUCCAUUGCCAACCCAUAAUCAACAUUCGUGUGUGGGGGGUGGGCUGCAACAAUGGAAGUAUCCUUUUCCUCUGUAGGGACUUUGCCUUUGUGGCCAGUGAUAAAGACACCUGCAUGCUCAAGUGCCACGUGUUCCGCUGCAACGCUCCAGCCAAGACCAUCGCAUCUGCCCUGCAUGAGAUGUGCUCCAAGAUCAUGGCUAAGAAAGCAGCACUGCAGCCCUCCAUGGCCCGUUCUCUCACAAUGGAGAGCAUCUCCCCAGAGGACCUGCCCCGCCAAGUGGACUUCUUGGAAGCAGUGAGGCAGAGGGUGCAGAAGUUUGAGGUUGAGUACGUUGGAAACUUGCCUGUCUCCAGGGCAAUGGGAAUGGAGGUAUUGAACAGAGCAAUUGAGAGUAUUAUGCACUCCAGAGACAGAGAUGAGUGGGAGCCAAUCGUCAUCCACGUGUCUGAUACAGUUCUAUCUUUAUGGAGAGGAGAGGAUGGAGAGGACCCAUUUUGGGAAAGUCAGGUACGUUACUUGACUUUCCUGGGUGUGGGUCAUGACACACACACUUUUGCAGUCAUAGUGGACGCUGGAACCCAGCGUUUUGAGUGUCAUGUGUUCUGGUGCGAGCCCGAUGCUGGGAUCAUCUCUGAAGCAGUUCAGGCUGCAUGCAUGGUUCAAUACCAGAAGUGUUUGGUUGCACAGACUCCUCCUGUGAGGUCCAAAAUGUGGCGGGCAGGCUCCAAAGUCAAACGAGCCAACUCCAUGGAUGGCUCCAGCUUCUUGCCCAGGCACCAAGGACACAUACCAACCAAAAUGGCCUCUCCCAGCGUGACGAAGGGCUUGCUGGCCUUUUUUGAGACAUUCCGCAAUAAACAUUCUGCGGUACCCACACCCUAACAACAGCGACUGGGCUUGAUGGGGUUUGAGGAGAGGGGGUAUCAGGGGAUGGAGGGAUGAAAGAAAUGAAAGAAUAUAAACAUGAAGGUUUAGAAAACUGUCCAGCCUUUUGCAUGCUAUGAAAAUCCAGCUUAAUUUCUUCAAUAUGACCUUAGAAUUAAUGAAGAAACACAACUUACCUAAUUGCCCUUAAUAAAAGUGUUUUAGUAAUUGACAAAUCUUAAUAAAGGUGUGCAGAACAGUGUUUAUAUGAGAACACUGAGGUGCUGUGUUCUCACAUUCCAAACAUUUAAGGAAGCCUGACCGCCCUGUUCUUCAAUCUAAAUGAUAAUUUGAUAACUUUGUGAAUGAGUAACACCUACUAAUCCUGGAAGCUGUGUAACUGUAGAAUCAGAGGAGAAACAUAGCUCAACAUUUAAAAAAAUCUAGAGCUGUGUUUUUUUUUUUAUAACAAAUAUCUAUGUACAGGACCGUGACCUAAUUCUUAUUCAACUAAUAUGUAGAGGGGAGAAAUGUUCAGUUUUAGGUCACAUUUAUGUUCAAAGAGUGAAGUACAGAUACAUUUUAUCUUCAAACAUACUAUUUAGAAGUGUCCACAUAUUAACAGUAAACAUUUUUGAAAGAGGAUGAUGUUUGCUGUUCUAACACACCUCAAAAUGUCAAGUCUUUAUUAAUACAGUUAAACAUAGGCUGAUGUGUCGUUACUCAUUUUGAAUGAUCUGCAAACAGAGCAAUCUUCGAACACAACAAAGAGACCUCAAAUAGCAUAGUCCUAUAGGUGUAAGAAUCGUGCUUUUUGUAAAAACCUACUUGUGUGAUUUACAUUUGUUCCUAUUGUGUGCUCAAGAGAUGCAGAUGAGAAGAUAUCCUUGAUCCUGAGUAAAGACAGGCAUUGUUAUAACAUUGUAGAGACAGGCUUGUUAUAAUCCCUCUGGUUUGUGGACCCCUCAGUUUAGUGCCAACGUUUCAUGAUUUUGCACAUGCUUGGAAAUACGAGGCUUCGCUCGGGUAUGUUUGAGAACACAAGCAGAGGGCUUUAGAGCUUUAACAACUAGCCAAGAAUGAACUUGAAUAAUUUAAACAAUAAGAGACCAUAGUUACUUGCUAAACAUGUGAUUUACAUCCAAAGGUGGUGCAGAUAAAGGAUCCACAAUUCUGUUUCACUGCAGGACUACCUUUAUUUGCAUAAAUUUGUUAAUGAAUGCAAAACAGCAUAACCCAUAAGCUGUUUGAAAGCACUUGCCCUUAGUGCAUAUUGAUCUGAGAUGCCCACAUGCUCUUUAUCACCCACACAAAUACCACUGAAGGAAGUAAUUUGAUGCUGUAUCUAAUAUAUGCAACUACUCCUUCCUUUAAUUAAAAAAAAAACAAAACAAAAAAAAAAAAAACAUAUUAUAUCAAAAAUAAACUCAGGUCUCCUUAAUGCUAAACUAUGGGGUAAAAACAUAACAGGCAGAGAAAUUGACGACUCCUCAGCAUGUCAUAUGAUUAUAAGUGAGAAGCCUUGAAAAGAGAUUUUGACUGAUAGUCAUAGUCAAUGGUCAUGUAGCACCUUGUGUUUCUUAGUUUUCCUUUUUAUACUCUCUGUAAAGAAAUCUCUCUCUCUCUAUAUAUAUAUAUAUUUGCAGUAUUUCAGCACAAAACUAGGAUGUCAUGUAAAUGGUUUUGUAUUAUGCAUUGUGUUUGCUAUUAUUAUUAUUAAUUGUUAUUAUUGUUGUUAUUAUUCAGACUGACAUGCCAACCCAAAUCCACAAUUUGGUGGAAUUAGUUGGGUCAUUAAACUGCUUGAAUCUCUGGCUCUGUUGUCAUAUUUUGCGUGUCAUUGUCCUUCUAUACACCCACUUUUUCUUCAUUAUUUCAAAUCCCUCCUCACUCCACACUUGUCGAGGUGAAAAGUAUGAAAAAAUAAUCCCACAUACUGUAUGGAAACAUCAAUUUUCUUAUGGGUAUUCUUCCAUUCAAUUCCUUAAUGCAUGCUUAAGAAGACUUUGGAUUGAGUCCCUAUUUUCUAUCUUGAAUUGUAUUCCUCUUGUCUGGUGUUGUCACGUUUAAAUGUGUUUUUGUUCAUGUUUUGUUUUCAUACCUUUUAAUUUUAAAUUAGUUUACUUCC